ACUUAAUUAUUUACAUAAUUGUUACUAAAGUUAUUUUACACCAAAUUGACCGAUUACAAUUAUUACGUAAUAAUCGAUGCAUGACAAGAUGGCGUGAAGAUUUUCAGUUGGAAUGGAAAAAAUUGGCGGUUAAAACAAUUAGUAAUAAUCCUAAAUGGAUUACUAAUCUUUCAAACUGGGUUUGUUCAUGUCCUA